UUUAGUUGUUCGUUAUCCUAGAUUGUAUCACCUCCGUUCUCACUUUACCGUGCAUAAUAAAUACUCGAGCAAAUGUCUCCUGGGGCCUUAGGCGUGAACUUGGAGGCCUGGACACUACAAUUAGGUAUUCCAUUUGUUAUUUCCAUUUGUUAUUUUGUUACUGCUGCUAACGUUUUCGGGUACGUUCGUUUCAGCGUUAACAAUUGGAAAUGGAAGGGUGAUGGGUUUGCCGAUGAUAUUAAUCCAAAUUAUCUGGUAAAAGACUUAGAUGCCAUAAAAAACCAGAGUAUUUUAGAAAUUGAAAGGAUUUUCUGCUGCAUGGUAACUGAUGAUCCUCAACUAGAGUGCACAACAAACUGCAGUGAAGAGCACGGCUAUAUCUGUGAAGGAUCUCGAGUGAAUAAACCCUUGAUCGACCUGACUUUUGCUCUCAGUGCUACUUCUCCUUCGUCUAACAACACUUUUGCAUUUAUGAAAAGUACAAUCUGUACCAUUAUCGAACAGUAUGGUAUUAACAGAAUCCACUACAGCAUUUUUGUCUUCGGUUCUGAAGCUUAAAUAAAAUUAGAUCUCGUCAACAUACAAAACAAGGACACCUUAAACUCACACGUCGAUAAACACUUCUGGAACACCACUCUUGGUCGAGGCUCUACAAAAAGUGAA